UAACACACCAUAAAGCAAAGAUAUGGGAUAUCCGAAAGUGACAUCACAUAAAUCAUAGAGUGAGUGACGAACACGACGUCGUUUUGAUACAGAGUUGUUUUGGGAUCGAAUCGAGUGGUACCACUACCAACCAACCAACGAUUCUCUCUGCUUGUGCAACUGUUCCUCCAUUUUUCCGCAUAAUCGUGAUUAGGAUCUGGAUUCACUUCAUUAGAAGAAAAAAUGACAUUACACACUUUAAUUGAUCUCGACCAUGAUAUUGGCUUGUGACCUGGGAGUAUGCUCCUCCUUAAGGUUUCAGAAUGUGGAACUUUGCAUCAAAUUGUAUUGCUGGAAACGUGGGACAGAAAAACGAUUCUGCAAACCCAACUCAUUCUACUUCAGAAUGUUCUGAUGAUGACAACUCUGUCGUAGGAAGAGAGGAAGGGCUUGAAUGCCCAGUAUGUUGGGAAUCUUUCAACAUUGUUGAAAAUGUGCCUUAUGUUUUAUGGUGUGGUCACACCCUCUGUAAAAACUGUAUCUUGGGACUACAGUGGGCUGUCGUGAAAUUUCCAACGCUGCCGGUUCAACUUCCACUCUUCAUCUCCUGCCCAUGGUGCAACCUUUUAUCAUUCCGUUUAGUUUAUCGGGGAAAUCUUAGAUUCCCCCGUAAGAACUACUUUCUUCUUUGGAUGGUUGAAGGCAUGAAUGGCGACCGAGUAAAAUCACAUUCAACUUUCUGUGGGGAUACUCAACAAAACUGUUCAAGCAAAAGCAGUUUAACCUUAGGAGGCCAAGUAAACCAUGGAAACCUUCAGAGGGGGCAUGUUCACCAUCCAGAUACAUCAAGCUCCAGCCAGAAUCGGGGUAAUACCAAUAAUCACCUCGAUAUGGAAAGAGUGCAUAUAUCUCUUCGAAAAUCACUGAUUUUCUUCGUCCAGUUGACAGCUAAGUUCCCAUUGAUCCUUAUAUUUCUUUUGAUUAUCUUGUAUGCAAUACCAGCCAGUGCAGCCAUUUUGGCUCUGUAUAUACUCAUUACAAUCCUCUUUGCUCUCCCAUCAUUUCUCAUCUUGUACUUCUCAUAUCCUAGUUUAGACUGGCUUGUCAGGGAAAUAGUUGCCUGAGAUCAAAAGCUAGUUUAAUCUCAAACUUUGUCCCAUGAUUUGCCGGCUUCCCCUUUAGUCCUUUACAAGCUGUGUCAGUUCUCUUUCGACAUACAGCACCACUCAAUUUAAUAUAGUAGUAUACUCGACUCGUCUUCAUUUCAUCUAUGGUAAAGCUUGGCUGGUUAGUAGUACUUGGUUGGUACAAAGUCAGUUUUUGGCAUUGAUAGCGUUGAUAUCAAUCAAAGCUGUGGAAACAGGUGAUGAUAAUGCUCGUGCCGUUUUCUGGAGGCUAAUAUUUGUUUGGCUUAAUUCCAGUUUUACUUUGGGGAUUAUUUAUCAAUAUCAUGUUUUGUAUGGUAUGGAAAUUUCUUCUAAUACAACUCAUAGUUCUAUGUUUGUAAAUUGUACAUAACAAUUGUGUUGUUUGUCUGCCUUACAUUUGAUGUACUAUCUACUUAAUUUGAAAUUGUUUCUUGUGCUUGCCUGCCACAAAUUCUGUAACUCUUUAGGUUAUAUAUGUUUCAUGUAUGGUGGUAUAAUUUGGUAUGGAUCAUGUAAAUUUUGAGAGAUGUAUGUCUAAACUCAAGCACAUUAUGAAUACAUAAACCAGACAGGUAAAGGUGUUUUCAACAUGAAAA